AUAUAUUCGAUGUAUAUAAAUCUUCCUCAUAACAAACCGUUGUGUCACAAUUUUUCAGUUAUGAGCAUUUGAACAUUUCUAGGACUUAGCUGGGAUCCUUCAACAGAGCAUCAGUUGGUUUGUUUAAAGAGGUUUUUACAUAAAUAUACCGGAAAUACGGUCAAUACGUCUGCAUAGUUACAUGAUGCCAUAAACACACCUUUGUAUUGAUAUAAAGAUUGGUUAUUAAUAUAAGAAUACGACUGUUUAUGAAGAAAUAAUAGAUACGGAUACUUCAAUAAAGUGUGUUAAAAUAUGUGGAAUGAAAUCCGAUAUAGAAAUCUAUGAUAUUAGCGUUGAAACACGAUUGAUAUCCAAAGUUAUAUACAUAUGUUGAUCUGUUUAAAACCUCUGAUAAUUAAUUGUAUAAAUAAAUACAAAAGUUAACAAUCAGUAGUGAAAAGUAUUUGUAGAAAUAAGUGUUAUUUCAAACCUUUCUAAGAGCAAACAAGUGUUUGAACUUACCAGAAUAAACAUUGUUAAAAAAUAUAUAUAUAGUGAACAAAAAAACGCUUCAAAUGGCUGAAAGUGACAAGCCGUUUGCCGAAAUAGACAGUAUUCGGAUUAGAAUCGAACAUUUAAAUCUUAAGUUUAAAAAACUUAACUUAGAGGCGUUAAAGGUGUUUCAAAAAAUAAAAUCUAUGGACACGGAACUUAAUGAAGCAGAGCUGGAUGAUGCGCUGAAAGCUUUGGAUAAGUACCAAGCGGCCCAAGAUGAUAUAAGCAAUGAGGCCAAGAAGUAUAUGGACGGUGUCAAAGAUCUGAAAAUAAAACUCCUUCAAGAGCAUCGACAAGUCCAAAUUCGCGAACAGACAGGGAGAAAAAAAGUAACUGACAGUGGCAUUGGAUCAGCAGGAUUUGUCGGUUCAGUUGGGAUUAGUGCGGAGCGCCUAUCUGUACCGGUUCAAACGACAGAUGAAGGUCAGCAACCGAGUCUUAUCAGCUUGUCAGGACCAUCGGGCUUGUCCCUGACUUCCCUGAAUCUAAAUCGAAAUGGUGAUGAUGACUACACUUGUUAACCUGGAGUCGAUUUGCGUGUUUUUUAUUUGGCUUCUUGAACACUUGAAAGAAACAAGAUAGUCAACAUAAUGAUAUGGAUAAAGGCAGUGUUUGCAUUAAUUAAUGGUUUUGCAUUAUUGACUCAUAAUAAGUGCCUCGAAACUUACAAAAAUGCCGCCAUUGAAACAUAUUUCAGGCUUCCAGUAUCCAACACUUGGAAGUGAUUUCUUCUAAACGUUUCAACAGUACAGAUAACACUUGUUUUAUAAAUCAAAGGUGACAGGACAUCUGGAAAGAAACAAUAUUGUUGGGAGAAACAAUAUUGCCAUACUGAUUCAAGAAAUUAUGUUGUUUGUGAUAUAUGUAAUCUAGUGUUUUGUUUUGCGAAAUUUGUAAAAACUUCCAGGAGGUUUGAGCCAAACUUCUAGAGCAUAGGCCAAGAAGUUAUGACUGUCAGUUUGCAAAAAGAAUGAAAAUCCCGUAAGUGACGUGGUGGAUCAAGAUAUUUGUGUCCUAAUUUGUGUUUCUAUGCAAUUAAAAAUUGUGAAAUACAUUACGAUAUACAAUAUGACUUCAUUAUUACAACAUACACUACAGGAUAAAACAAUUGUAGCCUUUAUGUAUAGUGUUUUUGACUGCGCUAAUUUAAAUAUUUAUUUUGAAUGCUAUUAGUAUCAACAACAUGUAUAACAAACAACAAGAACGGCUGUAUUUGGUAUAUAUCGCACUUCUUCCAUAAUUUGCGUAUAAUGAAAAUGUGUUAAUAGAUUUUACAUAUGUUACUUAAAUAUAUCAACACAUAUACUAGUAUGUACUUCAUGUCACCAACAUGAAAAUAUUAAUUAAAGUUAAUUUGUGGUUAUUUUACUCAGAUAUAGAUUUGUUCCUACCUCUACAGUUAUAGCGCUGCAAAGAUUUGUGAAUGACACGAUUGUAUUUCGAUUGAUCACUUAAGUUACUUGAUUAUUUUUUACAUUAUAUUUUUUUACGAGCGUUCAUAUUUGGUUUUUGGGCAGUCGUGACUAGAAAUAUAAGAUUAACGUUAACAUAGGAAUAGUAUUAAUGAUUAUUGCAUAUGUUACUAUAUUUUGUAAAAAAAAUUGGCCGUUUUGUCGCGAAUAACUCGUGAAAAUCUCGGUAUUGAGCAAGUGUGCAAAUAACCGGUUACUGGCACACUGUGCCAAAAUCGGUUAUUUUCAAACUUCCGGUUAUCUCGCAGCAACGGCGGAUCGUCGGCACGCGUUCACGUUACGCAAUUUGCCAACAGAGCGCUAAAACAAAAUGGCGUCUGAACGGGUUUUGGAAUCGCUUUUUUUUUCUCAAAACCGGCUUUCCAUACUUGUAUUUUUUCAUGCAACUGAUAGCGCAAUUUAUGACGUAUGUUGUAUGACGUAAUUUCUCUGGUGAAACACACUAGUGUGAGUUAAACUAUCUUGAUUUUAAGGACAUGUUGGAGGUGUUGUUUUUUAACAGUAAAAUAUUUGUUUAAAUCAUCGAACAAAUGCAAAACGUAUUUCGCAUUGCGUGUUGAUCAUGCAUAAUUGUAAACUUCGAUAGGAAUACAAUAAAACAGUUUGGUUUAAAAUAAGUUUCGAUAAAGAAAUGGAAUAAUACAAAAUGUAAGUGCAACUCAUUACAAAAUGUAAGUGCAACUCCUAUCAAAUUCAUUGUUAUAAAUAUUGAUUUAAAGUUGUCAUUGAGGUACUAAGCGUGUCGUUUAUAUUAAAUUAUGUUUUUAUUCCGAUAUUAAUUAUUAAUUUCGAUAUAUACAAUAUUAAUUAUUAAUUUCGAUAUACACGACAUAUGUAUACACAUGAUGAACAGCUUCAAUAAACAGGUCAUUAUAUGGAGCAAGUGUGCCUUUAGUGGUUAUUGGCACACUUGGUGUUUAUUUGCACUCGGGCUAAUAACUCACCAAGUGUGCCAAUAACCACUAAAGGCACACUUUCUCCAUAUAAUAAUCUAUACAUAUUUAUUCAUUGGUGUGUCUAUUAGGACGCAGUGAUAUUCCUCCAUUCGGAACGGAAACAAAUAAUAUUUUAUUUUAGGGCCCAACUGUGAAACAAAAACAAACAAUUUCAUUAUUAAAAAAAAAACAUUGUCUCUUUAUUAAAAUAAACUUUUCUACUUGCUAAAUUUACUGACCCCAUUGGUUACCAGAAUGAUUAACAUCAAUAUAAUAUAAAAAGGACACAUUAUUAAGAACACAAAUUUUCCCAUCAAUUUACCCGCAACUUAUAAAUGUUGUUGUAUAUCAACCUUGUUAAUAAUAAUGUUGUUGCUAAUAUAGUGACAUGCUGUUUAUGACCAUGCUGUGUUUUUUUGUUUAAGUGAUUUUAGCCAAUUAAGUUUGUUGAUUUAUAAUGAAGACAUACAAUUGUGGAAACGAUGGGUAAAAUAUAAUUUCAGGUAAUGGUCAAAAUGGGUAAAAUAUAAUAUCAGGUAAUGAUCAAAUAAAGAUAAGUUUGUUUGCUGGACACUAAUAUAUAAUUUUCACUCCAUGGCUCGUGGUUUUGGCUGUCUAACUCUCGAAAAACAAAUGUAUCUGAAUUAAUAUAAUAUUAUAAUUCAUUUCAUCCUGGCAUAAUAUAUAAAAUAUUUCGUGUUUUUAUUGUAAUAAUAUCCGACCUUCAAAAUGAUUGUAUAUUUCUUAUCGUAUUUGACCGUUCGGUGUGUCAUGUUGGCUUUGUGUGAGUGAAUUGUGUUCAUUUUAUGUGUCUUCCAUUUUUGUAAGAUUUGUACUUUGACAUAACUACAUUUUGCAAAUAGGUUGACUUCAGUUUCUAUAUGCAGUAUGUACCCUAAUGAAAUUUCAAUUUCGUACACAUAGUUUUGAUAUUUUGUAAGAUUCACAUAUAAGAUUUUCAACAAAUUGUUUAUGCGAUCUCUGACUUCAAUAUAUUGCCACAACACCACGAAGGAUUAAAUUUCAACCUUCCUAAGGGCGACUGCACAAAUAUAGCUAUGCAUUUUUGGUUUUAUCAGUACAUAUUGCGCGUUUCUUUGAUUCAUAUUGAACAGCGAGGACUUAUCCCAAUAUUGUGGACAAUUCGAAACCAAAUCGUUAAAAAAACAUUUUUUGCACCUGAUAUUUGUAUGUCAAUAAAUAAUAGGUAUGAUGUACAAGUGCAAGUGACAAAAACAAUUUUAUAAAAAUUAAUGAAGAUUAUAUCAGAAAUUUAUAAAAAUAAUUAAUUGGAAAAAUAUCAUAUACAGUCAUGUCGAGACAUGUGAAGUCUAACCAUUUUUAUGUCCGAAUCCAUUUGUGUUAAGAUUUUGAUCAAGGUCUAGUGUUAUUGUUGAUAUUCUGUGACAGCUCUUGUAUGUUUUUGCUUCAUUGGUUUCACACUUCUUUAUGACAUUCAUCAUCGUAAUUUGAAGUAUUCGAAUUAGCAAGGCGUCCUGUGUCUGUAUUAUCGGUAUCAAAUUACGUGUUCAGUACUCUAUAAUGUUUUGUGAUGUGCGACUGCCAAUGUCAUUAGUUGUACAGGGUCAUUACUACAAUUGUUCAAGUUUUUUUAAUUACAAUUGUAAUUUGUACCUCUAUUAGUCGGUGUUUAGUUAUGUUGUAUUGAUGACAAUUUGUUUGUAAAACUAUUGAAAUGUGGUGCUAAUAUUGGGAAGCAUAAUGAGGAUAUUUUUUACGUAUAUAGGUAGAAAUCCGAUCCUUUUGUGUCAUAUCCCAUUCAAUUCAUAUUUGUGAAUGAUGUUUAUUUUAAAUGUUCACGUUGUAUUACAUUUCGAACAUUGAAGAAUGUAGUCUGGAAAGUGUUUUACAUUCAAAUAUCUUAGUGUGUAUACAUAUUGUUUAUAUCGUUUCCAACAUCGUUGGUGCAUUGUAACUUCUUUGCGACGUACAGCUUGCCAAACUAGAAUUGAUAUUCGUGAACUCAAUGUACAUUCAUUACAGACUGUACUUGUAUCCUCUAUUUUGUGUAUGCUUUAUUUUGCGUUUUAUUUUUGUUCAUGUGUUUGGCAGUUUUAAGUAUGUCAUUACAGACAAUUUACUGCGAUGGGCUUUUUUUUAAGGACCUUAUUAUAAUCCAGUACGAACAAACUCAUAUAUUAAUCGUUACUGUAUAUCUGUACAUUAAACUAUCUAAAAUAACAUUCAAAUUCAAGAGGCAUUAGCAUGAUAGAACUUCAUUUUACCUCCGGUAUUUUUGUGUGUUUAAGGUCAGUAACCAUUCGUUAUACAUAAUAAGAUAAUACAACACAACAUAAACCAUACUUUAAACAAGGUAAAGGACAGUAAUAUAAACCUGUCGUUAAAAUGGACCAGAUGGGAUGCAUUUUUAGGGUGGGGGGGGGGGGGGGGCUGAUUUUCGAAAUCGACUCACAUUUUAUGCCAACAAGAAGUUAAGAGAGCUGAAACGGCGAAUUUAUUAUUAUUAUUAUAUUUGUUUGUUUGUUUAACAAUUAGUAAUCACUCUGCUAUGCCUGGAUUUUGUUUGGCUGUUCAUCGAACUUGACCUUGAUGUUAUGUCAACAAACAUCCGCAGAAAAUUUAAUGAAAACUGUAUGAGUUAGAUCGCGGAAAUCGAAAAUUUCAUAAACAUUGUGCAAUAUAAUUAUAUAUGCCCGGUGCGAAUUAAUCGGUUAUAAAACCAUGUUUAUAUUUAAUGUCAUUUAAAAUUACUACAAGUUUGAUGAAGAUUCAUUGACAAAUAAACAACUUGCAGAGUAAAAAGCCGCCCAAUGAUCCAUCCAACCAUUCACCGCCAAGGGUAUUCCAAUACAAUACACUUCGAGCGACGGGCGUAUCGAAAUGAAAUGAACUGCGAUCAUCGCCUCGAAAUGUUGGAGGAAAAGAAUCGGAUGUUCUAUUAUACUAAACUAUCGACACCUGUAGGACUUAUUUUUUAAACUUAUCAUCCCAUUUUUCCCGAAGGCUUGUUAUACAAUUUAGACUGUUGUUCUGUUUUUUCUUGUGGAUGUAUAAAUAGAGUAAACAUUGGUGUUCACUGCUAAAUCCCUGAAAUAUGAUCAAGUAAGAGAAAUAAAUGCUGGGAAAGGUUUCAUUUCACUAGAAAACGGCCGAAAAGAGAAGGUGCAAAAACAGUCGAUUUUGAUUUGUGUCGAGAUUUUUCUUUGUUUGGACAUAACAUGUUUUUGUAUUUUGUUUAACAAUUCAGCUUAGAAUUCCCUUUAAGCCAAUGUAUGUAAAUGAGGGUCUCUAUGUGCAAAUAGUGGAUUUAUAUUUGUUAACACUUUCCGUUUCAUAUUGAAUUAUAUACGGCAAAAUAUGUUUAGUAUAUUGUGACCUGAAGAUUUAAACCGUUUGAUGGUUAGUUUUACAACGCUCUUGUCCAUAAUACAUGUACCUAUAUUAUUAUCUGAAUAUUGCUAAGCUAUACGUGUAUUGCGCUGUUUGAUAAUGUUGAAUGUGUUGCAUGUUCUUAUAAAUUAUUCAGGUGUCAUUGUUUUUGCUUUUCAUCGAAGUGCAUGUUACCUUAUGGAUGGAAAUUGAUAUUUAAUAAUAUAUGGUAAAUAUUUGUCCAUAUCGCAUAAACGUUGCUUGAUUAUGAGAAUAUGUGUAGCUGUUGAAAGCAUAUGUAAUAUAUACGAUGCAUAUAUUGUUUGGUAUUAGUUAUAUACCGUUGACUGUUGUUAUUAUCUUGGGUACAUCUGUGAUUUGUUCGGAAGUUUGUUUCUGUUACAAAUAAAAACUAUACAUGACUAAAUAAAGUUGUGUGUUCUUUAA